CAGAGUAGAAAGCACUCUCGCUCAAACCUGUAAACACGGGCCGCUGGAUUAUCGGAAAAACGGAACCAUGUCUUCUGAGAGAGGACAAACUGGAGACAUCACGUUGCCACAAUCCUACGUCGUGAAGUACUUAGGCUGCAGAGAUGCCAGAGGCUUGUGGGGCAUCAAGCACACGAGACAUCCAGUCGAUGAACUGGUAGCUGCUGCCAGAGCUCUUCAACCAGGAGUCACACUGCCAUACCUGAGACUGGAAGUGUCCGGCAAAGGGGUCCGUCUGUCUGCCAUGCCACAAAACCAGAACCAGAACUUCGAGGCUGGCCUCUAUCCCAUAGAGUCCAUAUCGUACGGGGUUCAAGACCUUGUUUACACGAGGGUCUUCGCCAUGAUUGUCGUCCGGGACGGUGGCAAUGUCAUGGAGAAGCACCCCUUCCUAUGUCAUGCCUUCGUGUGCGACAGUCGCCAAAACGCGAGGUCGUUGACGUUGACGUUAGCCAAAGCUUUUCAGGACUACAGUCGUUCUGUGAAAGGAAUGCCUCCACCAAGGAAGUUCGCCAUCGACUUGCGAAGUCAGGAAGAAAUACAAGCUGACAUGGAGGUUCCUCAAGAAUCGCACGCGUAGUUGAUUUUUUUACAUGUGUAAAUUCUAUAGAUUGCAGCUUUAUGUGGCCGUAGAUGAAAGCUUACAGGAAGGUACAGUCUGUUUUCCACGAGAAGGCACUUCGCACGACCUUCUCGAACGCUGAGUUCAAUUUUACGCGGGGGUGAUCGGCAAACAUAUCCCCGUGCUUGUAAAUGAGAUAACUAGACACCAUUAACUUUGGCGUGCAUUUUAAUGUGCGAAAAAGAAGUCUUUAGUGUCCUUUACAUCACUUGCUUCGCUUGGCUAUUUCUACUUUCGCUAUUCUUACAUUUUAAAAACUGCUGCUUACACGACAAAAUGCUAUGAUCUGAAUAUGCCUUCUGCCGAAAAUAGCGAAAUAGAAUCAUCGAAUACCACGUAACGAAGGCGGAGUCAAGUGCCUUCUCGUGGAAAACGGACUAAUAGUUUGAGAACGAAGGCAUGGAACGCCUAUUAUUCAGUAACGAAAAACUAUAAAAGUUGAUUUUCUUUCCUGCGCACGGAAUACCAAUAACUGACAACUAAACAGCUUUAAGCUUCUCAGUCACCAUUUUUAGGUUCAUCCUUAUUAAUUCUUAUUUUAUUCUUUUUCCUUCUUCCCUUCCUUUCACAUCACCAGGUGCUCCAAACCCCAUCUGACUUGUCUUCUCCAAAAAUAUUAUUAGGCACACGUACCAAAAGCAUGGUUACUUCAUUCGAAGAUCAAUGCAUAUCUUUCCCACGUUUCAUUUGUCUUGCGCUAAUUAAUGGCAAAAUUAAUUUUGUUUUGGUAAAAGUUCUCCUGAUGCUUAAUCACAAUCCAUCACAGUAUCAAUUUGAAGUACAAAUUCAUAAUGCUUCAGUGUAUUUUGAUCAGUUAAUUGUGGUGCUAAACAUCGCAUGCAGAAGCUAAUGCAUACAGUAGAAUAGCUAAUAACAUCUUCAGCAUUUUUCUGCAUAAUUUACCGAUGCUUAAUUCACAAUAUUCGUAAUGAUUAAUUCGUUAAGCCAGCUCACUGCACAUCAAUUCAUCGUAGUUUCAAUUCAUAUAGCAUGGUUAUGCGUGCUGUGCGAUAUUAAUUACUUAAAUUGUAUACAAAUAACACGUUGAGUACUUAAUAACGCUAUUUGACUAAUGAAUAAAUGCAUAAAGAGCUAAUUAGUCAUAAAUACGUAUACGUUCAUGAUUUUCCGCAGUUUCCAGAAGGGCACUCAACCAGAGGCGGAUACAAGGGGAGCGUCAUGGGUUCGUGACUCACCCCCCUAAACCGUUGACAAUAUUACCCAUCCACAUUGUUUUCAAAUACUUUGUGAAUAAAAUAUAAACGAAUGCAGUAAUCUUUUUCAAAUCAUUAAUUAUUUUUGAAGGGAAAUAUUUGAAAUGCUACAUCCUUUCAUUGCUUAUGAAAUUGGUAACGCUUAUGCCUUAUUAGGUACAUUACCCCUCGCCGAUUUAGAGCUUGCUGUUGACACCCAAGCAGUUUCAGAAAUUUUUUUACUCAAAGUCAUUCAUUCUUCUGCAUAACCACACCUAAAAUAGUAGUCUGUAUCCGCCCCUGCGGCUGAAUUCGUAUUGUAUGUGUGAAGGAACAGUAAAAUACAUGCACAUUGCAUGCGCAUAUGUAAAAUGUAUUGAGUAUUUUAUGUUCUGAAAGCCUUAGGCGGGGGGUUCUCCCCAACCCCCUCCAUGUCGGGCCUGAUCAUAUAGAGUAAGGGAAUUUCAUAAAGCGAACUGAGAUUAUGAUGAAUUAAUGCGCAAACAGUUGAGUAUCUUUUUUUUUUAUUGCAAAACGUAUCCUAAAUAUUAUUUUUUAAGGAAAUUUCCCAAUCCAAUACUUUUGUAUCUACUUCUGUGCUGAAGAAGUAAAGAAAAUAUUCCUAGGCAGUCUGUACAUGCAAUGAAUAUGUUUGGGGUGAAGUUUUGUAAAAGAGCAAUGCCACCUGAAUAAAACGUAUCAAUUUUACUCAAAACACUCCACAAAGUCUCCAAAUAUGUUAAAUCUUUGCUUCAUACGAUGAAUUUUUUUAAGAACAUGUCCUCUGCUUCAUAUAAUGUAAUUAAGUUUGAAGAUAGAGAUAACAUACUUCGCUCGUUUGGAAGAAGAGUGCCACAAUACGAAAUUUUUAAGUUUCUUUUUUUUUCGCUUAAAGGCCUUCAAAGGACGUUAUCGUCUUUGGAAAAUAAUGACAGAUUUUUUUUUUCUAAUAUUAACCACUGCAGAGCACAGCAAACUUACUUUUCUUAAUGCAAAUUUCCUGAAGACUUCAACAUCAAACGCUUCUCCUGUAAAAUUUCAUUUUUUCGUAUUGUGGCACUCUUUUUCCAAAUGAGCUACUUAAUUCGCAACUCCAGAGCUCGAAUGCGUUACCUUGUGGUGAUUAACAAUACUAAAGAAAAAGGUAAAACAUUCCAUUCCACGUGAUUUUUUUUUUCGUGGGGUGGGGGGUAAAUUACAGGCUUCAAACAGUUUAUGAUGUAAUGUAAUUUCAGAAGAACAGAAAAGAAAGUUUCCCACAAACACGAUGAAAACUUACUGUCAUUCACUAGGCGUCAAAGCAAGUUAUAAGUUACGGCAUUUGUUUGUUUUACCUUUUUCAUCCGCCAUUAGACAGUGACUGCAGAGCCCCCUAUAGUUUACUGGAGUUGCGAAUAAUAUUUUCGACUCAUUACCAGACGUAUCUCAUAAGUUACGUCCGCUACUGAGCAACAAAAAUUAUUUAAAUAUUGUUUCCUGAAAUCUUCAAAAUUUAAUUACGUUAUAUAGAAGAGGCCAUGUUCUUCAAAACGUUCAUCCUAUGAAGAAAGGAUCGACAUAUUUUGGGUCUUUGUGGGAUGUUUGCACAUUCAUAGAUACGUCCAAUUGAAUCAAUCUCCCAAAAGAAAAGCAGAUGUUCUGUUUCAGGCAAAAACUCUACCAACCAUUUAUGACGUACAUCAACGACUCAAUUGCAUUCGGUGAAACCAUUUUGUAAAACAAUGUUAUAAAACGUAUAGAUUUAAAAAUACGUGAAUUUGAAUUCCUUCAGAAGUGUGACAUUUAGAUUUUAUACACACCAAGAUAACAAUUUCGAUGUGCUUAGGGCAAAUCACACACAUAUUUUUAUACGUUCACUGAACUUUCACGGUCACUACAUGGACGUUCAUCAUUUGAUUUGAGUGUGUUAUGUGAUACUUCACUAGAACCGAGUCUAAAAUGUUUUCUGACAAAUAGCUUGUGAUAUUAUAAUAGCAUUUAGUGACCUGAUUGUUACUUCGGUAAAACAAAGCUGCGAUGGUAUUGUACAUUUGGGACCAAUACUUCAUCUUUGUACAUAAGAGAAUUUAUUGUUUGUAAUAAAUCACGUAUUCUCUGUGUUCGUAUU